GCAUGUGACGUCGGGUCGCGUCCGGGUUCACGUUAGCAUCUCAGCGGUUGUCAUGAGCAGAGUAAUGUCUCUCACAACCACAACCAGAUAGUUGUCGUGCACAUGAGCUCGUUGUAAAAACCUCCCGGUGUCGCUUUGCUUCACACGUUUCAAACGAACAAUGACCGAGUUGACAGAUUCCCUGACGAGAGAGGGCUGGUACCUCAGUGAUGAAGGCAUAGCAGAGCUGAAAGGAUCUGCUGAGAAAGCAUCACACAGCGACAUAAUUCGACUUGCACUUGAUAAUGAUCUUAGGUCUACUGGAAGAAAAUUUCUACCAUCUGAUGUCAACAGUGGAAGAACUGAGAAGUUGGACGGUCCAUGUGUUCUCCAGGUGCAGAAGGUGAGGAACAUCUCGGCUCCUAAAGACCAUGAGGAGUCCCAGGGCGCACCCAGAAUGCUGCGCCUCCAAAUGACAGAUGGGCACACCACCUGUGUUGGACUGGAGUAUAAACACCUGUCUAAGAUCAGUCUCAACACCCCUCCUGGAACAAAGGUGAAGCUCCUUGGAACCGUCCAAGUUAAAAAUGGUCUAUUGAUGCUCGAUGACUCAAAAAUCUCCGUCCUUGGAGGAGAGGUUUAUCACAUGGUGGAGAAAUGGGAACUGCAAAGGACUCUCGCCAAACACAGCAGGAAUCACAUCGGAGCAGAAGGAGGACCACCUCCCUUUGUGCAAUUUGGUCAGAAAUCCGCAAGGCAGGAUGAAGUGGACAGCAGAGACCUCGACCAGAGGAAAACCCUGCAGACUCUCAAUGUGUUCAAAAGCGCUGAGGAGAAUGCUGAGUUUGAAAAGCAGCGGACAGCAGCAAUCGCUGAGGUGGCCAAGACCAAAGAGGGUCCCCGCACAUUUGGAGGUGGAGGAAAUGCAGGCAGUAAUUUAUCCACGGCUGCUUCCUUCUCGCGGGGCAGAGACUCGUACCAACAGAGGAGACGAGAAGACAGGGUUGAAAGACCCGAAAGCAGACCGGAUGAAAAUUACAGAGAGCUGGUGGAUGAAUAUGCGCUGAGAGACCUCAUUGAGAUGGGCUUUAACAGGGAGACUGCUCGACUGUCCCUAUUGGAUAGUAACAACAAUCUAGAAGUGGCACUCAACAGCCUAUUGACUGAGGCUACUGGAAGCAGACCAGCCCCUGUGGUAGCUGAGCCGAUCAAGCCCGAACCCAGAGGCAGAGGAAGAGGAAGAGGAAGAGGAAGAGGCCGGUCCAGAAAUGAAGAUGAGGAGGAGGGAGGAGGGGCAAGACCAUCUGGUCCGAGCACACUGUUUGACUUCCUGGAAUCUAAGAUGGGAGGUUUCUCCAUCGAUGAACCAAAGAACCAGGCACCUCAGAGACAUCAUGAGAGUAAACCAAAUUUCUCCAACACUGACUAUUACUCUAAGGACUCAUCUCAUCCGAAGUUCUCCUCACAUUAUGACCAGAGGCCACAAAGGAAUGACCGACCACCUCGCUUCCACAGAGACACUGAUUUUCCUAAACCAGGCCAGGAGCCUCUCUCCAACUCUACCACCUCCCGAAUAUCAUCUCAGCCUCAGCAUUGGAAGAGCCAGGAGAGAUGGUCACAAGGGAAGUCAGACAGAGCACAAUUUGAGAGGAGGGAGAUGCGAGAUGAACCGAUUUUUCCUCCUCCCCUUGCGACGACUUGCAAUCGUUCAAAAGAACCUCAACAGCAGAUGGAGUUCGGUGGCUCUUCCAACCAGAGACCCAGAAAUGUAGAUGGUGGGAACAUGGCUGGACCUUCUCACAGGAGAGGGUUUAAAGACAAUACUCCCCCGCCUAAACAGAAUGAUCCUGCAGACAUUGAGGUGGAUGGAAGAGUAGGUAAUAAGCGUACAGACAGAAUUGAAGAACCCAACAACAGCAGGAGGAAGGGGAAGACUGACCGGCCGAACUCAGACUACUACGAUCGACCAAGGGCAGGUGGACCACUCAACUUAAAGGGAGGAAGCUCAGGAAUGACCCAAGAAGUGGAGUCACCACAGGAUAUCCGGUUCAUAACAGUGGAUCCUAAUCAUUUCCAUAAUGGAGAUAUGGAACACAAAAGAACUGGGCCAAUCAAGCCAACAAAUGCAUCGUGUCCCCCCAACAGGGAGCCUCCCUCUAGGAAGACCCCUUCUAACAACUUCGGACCUAAAAGAAGGUCAGGACAAGGCCGAGGUCAAGGAGCCAGGGGACCAGAUAAAGGUUAUAUUGUGGAACCAGCUUGGAAACCUGGAGACCGGUGUCUGGCUCUCUACUGGGAAGACGGCAAGUUCUACCACGCAAGAAUAGAUGCUGUGCAUCCAUCGGGCUCCACGGCCGUGGUCGUGUUUAGCGAGUACGGAAACUGUGAAGAGGUUCUGCUGUAUAACAUUAAACAUAUUGCUCCUGAUUCUUUGGAGGAAGAUGAUGGUUUCUAUGACAGUUCACUGGAGUUUCGCCGGGGGGGAGAUGGACAGCCGAGACGAACGAGACCCACGCAGCAGUAUUACCAGCCACCCAGGGCACGAGAUUGAUGUGUCUGUGUUUGCACUGGCAGACUCUGGAGAAAGACAGACAACUUGCCAGCUCCCCGAAAGUGAAGCCAAAGCCCUUGAUCGCCCCUUGUGGCUCCCUGCAGUAUAGGUCAUAAACUAUCUCUUCGUGUUAGUGGAUGGGACAUGGACCAACUGAAAAGUCAAAUUUUUUAAAAGACUGUUUCUGCCAUUUUGGGUUGUUGAUUGUUGAAUUGUUUAUUUUCAGCUAAUUUGGGUUUAAAUUAUUUAUUUGAAUAUAUACAAGCGGGCGGGGCAUCAUGAUUGACAGCUGACACUGGCACAUUUAAUCAAGUCCAUGGAUUAGAAGGACCUUGAUACCACAACUCCAUCCCCCAAUCACUGAGGUCCUUUCCAGGAUAUUUUGGUUUAAGCUCCAGAGGGUGUUGUCCAUCCUUAUAUACAGUCUAUGGUAUAGACUGUAGCGAAAGUGAUUUGUAACAUUGGUCUUUGCAUUAUUAUCUGCUUAUAAUUCAUAAUAGAACCUAUGGAUUAAUCAUUUGUAUGUAAAAGAAGUUUAUAUAAUCAUUUUAACUUUGACUAUUUCUGCUCGUGAAUUGUGUAAAAGCUAUUUCACACUGUCAGCAGCACUUCACUGAGAUGGCCUCAAAAUUCAAAAAUGAUAAAUUCUUUCUGGUCCCUCUC